UUUCUGGUUUCUUUCCUUUGGAACAUCUGUAUAGUAGUUUCAGUUUUAAUAUAUAGGCCUAAUACUUAUAUUUAUGUAGUUAGAAUGUCUGAUUUGUGUGAAUUUGUUCUCAAACCAAAGCCAUAUUUAUGCAUUUACAAAUAUUUUUUGUUUUCUGCAAUUUAAAUGAUUACAAGGAAAUUAUUAUAAGCCUGUCCGAAUGUAAUGGUUCAGCCCGAUUAUCAAGGGCUUUAUGCAAAUUUAAUGAAUGCCAGAAUCUUUUAUGUUGGCCUGAUCAGACAUACAGUCCAGACUUUAAAAGAGCAGGACUUGCGCCGUGGCAGGAAAAGGCUGCAUUUGUGUCGAACAUUUGGCAAAUGUUUUUGGAGGAAGAGCGUGUUUUUAUAAAGAGAGAGACUGACUCUGCCCUUCCCUCUUAAAAAAAGCAUGAAAACAGUCCACUGACUCUUUAUUAGCCAAAGCCUUGAGAGCAACAGCGCCUUUUUGAAUCGAUCCGAAACCCGUUAAGACAGACUUGGAAAAGUAAUAAGCUUGAUCAUUUUAAGGCUUCACAACUGCCAGGGGUGUUUCAUGAACAAAUGUAUUACUAUCUUACUAUUUUAGUAGGGGUGGCGUAUUGCGCACUUGUAAAGAAAACCGAGACUUUGUGCCAACAUCUUCAUGUCAAGGUGAAAGUUUGUUUUAGCAGCAAGUGAGUUUUUAAACUCAAGCUCAUGUUGUGUUUUCGUAACUCUGGUAAGAUUUGAUCCUCCAUUACCAGCCUUCAAAGAUCCCGAACAGAAGAAAGUGCCUUCUCUGAUGUUCCUACUUGAAGCUGCUCACCACACCCAUCCCACACUGUAAACAACACUGGCUUGGCCUCCAAAAAGAUCUCAAUUCCUCAGACUUGCCAAAGCACAAGGAACUGACACACUCUUUCUAUUCACGGACAUUAUUCGAUAUUGUUCCACGGAGAGCCAUAGCCUUCAGAUAUUGCUGUCCACAACCAUCGGCUCAAGACCAUUUGGAGACCUGGAGCAUGUUCUUAUUGUCGUGCCAGAGCUGUGCACCUGGGAAUAAAUGACUGAUGAACAACUUGGCAGAGAUUGACAGCUUCACUAAUAGCGGCCAUCUCCCGUGCGACAGCCACCGGGGAUCUGUAUGUGACAUCUCUUUUUAAAGGGCCUUUCCAACAAACCACAAAACUAGACCCAAAACAACACAGAAAUACGUUUGCAGUCUUUUGAACUCAAAUCAACAGUCCUGCUACUGACACCGUAGAGGUUCUCCAACAGCUAUGGCUUUAAACAUUGCGUCGAUGCGGGACACAAAAUGGCUGACGCUCGAGGUGUGCCGGCAGUUUCAGAGAGGGACGUGCUCGCGCAGCGAUGAGGAAUGCAAAUUCGCCCAUCCGCCCAAGAGCUGCCAGGUGGAGAACGGACGGGUGAUCGCCUGCUUCGACUCGCUGAAGGGUCGGUGUACGAGAGAGAACUGUAAGUACCUUCACCCACCAGCGCAUCUGAAGACGCAGCUGGAAAUCAAUGGACGCAACAAUCUCAUCCAGCAGAAGACUGCAGCAGCGAUGCUGGCGCAGCAGAUGCAGUUCAUGAUCCCUGGCACCACCAUGCAACCAGUGUUUCUUAUGUCGUCUUCUUCACAGCCUACAUUUCCUGUCAGCCAAGGUCUGGGCUCAAACCCUGGACUAAGUUACGCUCCGUAUCUGACUCCCAUGAGCCAUGGCAUGGGUUUGGUCCCCACAGAGAUGCUUCCCAGCACCCCUGUAAUCGUCCCCGGCAGCCCGCCAGUCAGUGUGCAGAGCUCGUCCUCCACACAGAAACUACUGCGCACAGACAAGCUUGAGGUGUGUCGUGAGUUUCAGAGGGGCAACUGUGCACGUGGGGAGACGGACUGCCGCUUCGCCCAUCCCAGCGACAGCCCCAUGAUUGACACGAGCGACAACACGGUCACCGUGUGCAUGGACUACAUCAAGAGCCGCUGCUCACGCGAGAAGUGCAAGUAUUUCCACCCUCCGGCGCACCUGCAGGCCAAGAUCAAAGCAGCCCAGCACCAGGCCAACCAGACUGCUGUCGCAGCGCAGGCCGCCGCUGCAGCCAUGACUCAGUCGACUGCCAAAGCAAUGAAGCGACCCCUCGAGGCAUCUGUAGAUCUGGCGUUUCCCCAUGGAGUCCUGCAGCCCCUACCAAAGAGACCAGCACUAGAAAAGAGUAACGGGGCCAGUACGCUCUUCAACCCCAGUGUCUUGCACUACCAACAGGCUUUGGCCAACGCACAGCUUCAGCAGCACACCGCUGCGUUCUUUCCCACAGGGUCAGUUCUGUGCAUGGCUCCUGCUAGCAGCAUUGAUCAUCUUGAAGUAAACCACAGAAGAGGAACGGGGUGUCAAGAAGCUGCUUUAAUAAACCCACAGCAAUCCCCGUGUAAAUACGACCUGGCCUCCCCUUUAGAACUACAGCAACCUGCAUGCUAAAGCGUGAACACAAAUCACACAUCAUAUAUCUGUUAUGCUUGGAAAUGUGACUCAACCGGUUUCUAACACACACACACACACAUACAGUAUAUAUAUAAUGUACAGCACGUUUCAUAGAGGCAUAAGUGAGAUUCAUCCCAAUGAUCGGUCACCCGUCAGAUAAUGUGUAUUUUUCUCAUAUGAUUGUUUUAAAUACAAAUGCACAAUGAGUGGGCGACGAGCUAGAAAACACACACUCAAACAGUUGCACUGUCGGAAAUCGUGCUUAAUAAGUGCUUGAUCUCCUGCAGAGUAUGUCUUAAACAUCCCCAUGCACCCUCUAGAAAGGGGAAAGAGGGGUUUUAUUUCUUAUUUUAAUACACAAAAACACUGAAUGUCACUCGGCGGACACAAAGAAGAUUGUCUACUGGUCAGAAUGCGCUCCUCUUGUUGGACUGGAGCUAUCUUCGGAAAUGAUUAGAGAAGAUAUUAUUCCCAACCCUUCAUCCCCAGCGGCCAAAGAAAGGUUUACGACGACACAAAGCGCGUAACGGUUGAAAACCAGCGUCGGAAGUGCGAAUGUGGCAAACCCGGUGCCAUGCAAUCACUUUUCUGUCUGCGUCUCUGCUAAAGGACUGUGUUUUACUCCUUUCUUUUUUUGUUUUUAAAUGGACACUGAAUGAUUUUGAUGUGCCUGUGGAAACACCGGUCAUCAGGGAGUCGACUCUGGCUUCUAUCCCGUGCCAAGGGCUUACAUUAAACUGGAGAGCUGCUGUAAACACACUCGUACAUGAGAUGGACUUCUCCAGAUUGUCUGGGGCCUGUUUGUAGUCCCACUCACACAGAAAUGACGAUGACGAGGGGGAAAUGUUGCAGUAGACGAUCUUUGACACGUUGUGAACGGAGGGUGCUGUGCUCUCGCCGAUAAUCCUGUUUUAUUUGAUAAACAGUAGAAGUGCCUAAAAAAAAAUAUUUUACACAGCAAGCAUCUUAAGAAGAUGAUUUUAUGUGGGGUUGGGGGUUAUAAAACCAUUCAAAGCAAAGCUCCCGAAAGAUUUCGGACAGAAAGAGACAAAAAAAAAAAAAAAAAAAACAUGUAGUUGAAUGCA